GCGUAUCACAGCCGGCACGCAGUUCGGUGUUUAGGCAUCUACAACCAGACAUGACGCCGUGCUACCUUGUCUUCGGAUUCCUUAUACACGUGGCCCUUAUAUGUACAACGGCGGGUAGAAUCGUCAGAAAAGGCAACCAACUGUGGUACGAUCAAGAUUGCAAGAUGCCCAAAUGCAUCCGUGGACAGAAACUGGUGUGUCCAACGAAGGACACGUGCUCUUGCUACUGUCAGGAUGUCCCUUGCGUAGUACCACGGUGCUGUUCUGGACAGAAAAGCACAUGCUUAACGAAAGCUGGAUGGUGCGAGUGCAAAUGCAUUCCUAAUAACAAGCAUUGCUCAGAUCCUUGGGGCUCAUAUUGCCCAGUAUAUAACGGCUUCCAGUUGGCUGUGUGUGUUGGGAACCGACCCUGCAAAUGCAACUGCGCUGGCUAUUACAACCAGCAUGAGAAGCGGGACUACAAAUUCUUGUGAUGGCUUCCACAUUCCUAACUUCUUUCUUCCUUGACGACCAUCCGUUUUAGCAGGUUUCGGUAUUUCUAGAGCAAUAAAUUACAUUAAAUGAA